AGAGGCAAGAACGUAGCUUUUUGCGCCACUUACAGCUCACCCAUGCACUGACACACUUCAAGACAAAAAUACUACGAUGGUGCAGUACAUUUUUUUACUUUUAUUCCUGGUUCCAAAUGGAGUUUUCUGUGAGAAGGGUUUUAAUUUUGACAUCCCACCAGAUUUUCACCAGAAGUUGAUGCAUUUUAAAGAACAAGCUAUCCAAGUUCUUGAUACCGCUGGGGGAGGAACUCAAUGUGCCAAGGACUUAAAGGAAGUAAUCAAUGAUACGUAUGCAAUGAAAAAAUGGGCGAUAGAAAUGUUAGACGCCAUGGCAAAAUUUCCUAGUGGUAUAUUAUCUGGUAACAUCUUUGUGAUGGGAGCUUACGAUCAAUGUGUAAAUAUAAAUAUUUUUAAUGACACUGCGAUACAUGGCGAAUACUGCCCCGUCUUGUUACAACCUAAAACUAAAGAAGGAAAGAUAACAAUAGCUAAUGUUCUUGACUUCUUCAAUUUGAAAACGAAUUUUCAGAAAAAUGUUCUCGACCAAGCGAUGAGACUACCUUACGGAAUAUGCGUUCCAUCGAGUUGCAGGGAAGAGACACUUCAAGUUAUAUGGGAUCACGCAGAAACAGUAUUUAAACCACCAGUCAGUCUAGAACUUCUGGAUGGGCUCUGUACUAGUUUAGACAGAAGUCCUUCUCCGUUUCCUGUUGACACCUACAUUCAGGCUUUUUUCAUAUUCUACAUUGCUCUUCUUGUAUUCUGUACCUGGUAUGAUGUAUGCAUUGACAGAUUUAAGCAAGAACAUGAAUCUAACAGUUUUCUGGUAUCAUUUUCAUUCUUCUCUAAUGCCAAGAAACUGAUAAAAUUAAAGGAUUCGGACCAAGAUGAUAUUCAGGUGGAUUGUAUGUGUGGAAUCAAAGUAUUUUGUAUGUUAUCAGUUAUCCAUGGGCACCGAGUAGCAACUAAUACUCUAACUGGAAUUACAAAUGCUAUCCCUAUGUAUAAUGUGUGGAGACGAGAGAUUUACACCAGUUUCGUUAUUUCUGGACCAUUUGCUGUCGACAGCUUUUUGACGAUGAGUGGAAUGCUGAUGUCUCUGGGAAUACUUAAGUUUUAUUAUUUAAAGGAGAACAAAUCCCUUCCAGUUCUUUCUCUUUAUUUCCAUAGACUUUGGAGGUUAUGUCCAGCACUGAUUGCUAUCAUAUUAUUUUAUAUUAGUAUCGUUAAACACAUUUUCAAUGGACCCGUAUGGAAUAUCUGGACCAAUACUACCUCCCGUAAUUGUUACGAAAAUUGGGUACACACAAUGACGUUUACUAACAACAUAGGAGAGCCUUCGGCUAUAUGUGUAGAACAAUCGUGGUACCUGUCUGUAGACAUGCAGCUUUUCUUCAUUUCCCCUCCUCUACUGUACAUCUUGAUCAGGAAUCCAGUAAGGGCAUGUAUGGUAUGUGUAGUCAUUUGUUUAACAUCAGGAAUAUAUUCAUUUAUUUCAACAAUGCAAAACAAUCAUGGAGCUAACUACUUUGAAGUUAACGUGGGAUACUUCCAAGGGAUGUACUUACCGACAAAAACUCGAUUACCACCAUAUUUUAUUGGUAUUAUUUUCGGAUACAUCGUUUACAAAUACAAAAAUAUAAAACUUCGUAGACCUGUCAGAUAUCUAGCGUGGGUGACCGUUAUAGGUACCAUGUUUGGACUCAUUUUGGUGCAUCUGGUAUAUACAAGAGCAACAAGCUAUAGUCCACUUCGAUCUGCUUUGUUCAAUGGUGGUGCUCGGCAAUUGUGGGCAAUUGCACAAGGAUGCUUCAUUAUUCUUUGUAUAACAGACAAGAAUGGUUUAAUGAAUCGAGUCUUAUCGUUGCCAAUUUUCCAAAGAUUGGUGAGGCUAUCCUACAGUUUUUACUUGACUCAUUUGAUAGUUAUCUGGUACUUCGUUGGAACAAAGAGGAGUGCCGUAUUUUACACUAACAUCGGUACUAUACAUGACUUUAUGGGAGAUGCGAUCUGUACAUUUGUCAUAUCAAUCUUCUGGUGCUUGGCUUUCGAAUCACCGUUUGUUGCACUUGGCCAACUGAUGAAAAGCAGAAAAGGAAAACCAUCACAUUCAUCAUCCGACAUGGAUCUAAUAUUGCCAUUAAAAAAGAAAAAAGAAAUUAUGUAGGCAAGAGAAAACUAUAGGUAACAAUUAUUAUUAGUACAAAGUUUAUUGUUGAAGUGUUUAUAUAUAAAAAUGUAAACUUGGUAAAA